AUGAAAAGCAUCUUUCUUAUUUUUCCGCGCAGAAUUCUAUGCCACGAUCACUUUUCCUCGCAGUUCCUGUACCGCCCGUUUAGAAUCCGUAUUGAGCCCCUUAAUGACUUCACUGGUACUCGUACUAUCUCGUGUCCUUGCCCUGACAAUACGAGAAGAGACCUGUCGUACAUUAUCUCGUUUUUUUUCUCUGUGAUUCAGCAGUGUUUCCUUGUUGCACUGGCAUCCUUGUACCCUUGCAGUAUACUCUUGUCUUCACUUCCCACUUGUAGCACCAUUCGUCUUACUAUGGCACCGGCGAUCGUGAAAUCCCUGGUAUUCACCAGCCUUGUGCAGUCAGUCGAGUACUAGACUCACCUCUAGUUCUCCCUAGUUCGUACUGCAAAAUUGGGGGCAGCGGGUCCCGAAGCACGAUGUCCGCCUCGAAAAGGCUGGGCCAAAUCGCGCGGCAGCAUCGGGUGGUGGUUUUUGGAGAAGAUUACUGACCCUUUGUGAGGCGGACCCGCUAUGAAAAUGAACAUUUUAUUGGCGCUGUAAGGUGCAGUUACGACCACGACGGUCUAUAUUCAUAUUGUGGCGGUGCAUUAUUUUCUCGUUACUUAUCUCGUUCUGUAGUUUUUUGGUGUUUAUCGCAGCACGGCUGCGCUGCUGCGAGGAGAGAGAGAAAGUCUGUGCAUGAAAACACGCCUGUCUUCCGCAAGAUAUGUACAUUCUGACAGAAAUGAAAUUUGAAAUACCAUGGAAAAAUCGCGAUGAAAAAUAGUGAAACAAUGUUGGUCAACAUCAUGGUGCCAUCAAAAGUUCAUUUCCAUAUUGUUGACGCGCUGAACACCUGCGGGGUCGAAUUCGUAUACCACAAGAAUAUGACGGACGCCGAGCGGGCAGAGCUUCGAGAAAUUAGCGGAUAUCGCAGGGGAAAUAAAGGAUAAUUAUAUGUGUCCUGUUUACAACUGCAGCUGGUUGUUCUUGUUCCGGUACUUGAGAGCAGAAAAACCACAUGGAAUUCAAAUUUGCGGCCGCAAUUGCACUUCUCUGUUUACGAUGUUCUGCAGCUUCUUGAAAGGGAAGUGUUUUGUUUCCCCACGAGAGACUUACUCACUUUGCAUGCAGCGAGGCAGCACUUAAUUUGUUUGACAUUGAAAAUACUACGCGCAGCACGUACUCAGUUCCUUUCCCAGCGAUAUCCAUGGGUCUCGCACCAUCCCUCAGUCGUUCGUGAAUGGUGUGUGCGUUGGCGGCUGUAACGACGGGGCCGCCCCCUGGAUGGGCAUACUAGGCCUGCUGCAAAACUUAUCAAAGAGAAAAAGAUUGUAGGUGUAACAUUUUUCUUCUCGGAACAGCAUUACAAAUCUGUCUGGCAUAACCGCAAAAACCUGCGAUACGCGGAUAGUACGCGAAAAUGAGGUUGAAUACACCCUACAAUGCCUGAGCAGCAUGAUAGACGCAAUGAUCUUGCCAUGUCGUGCAUCACAAAGCUACACUUGCAAGGUUUUUUUCUUCAAUAAAACGGGAAGAUCCAAAAGGCACUGUCCGCCACCGAGGACUCGAGCGAGACGCUACGGAUUUUGCGCGAGUAGAAGAAAGGAAGUAAGUACUUAGCCUGUUCAGAGACUACUUGAACCCACACAGGAUCAACCAAGAGCCGUUGUUUGGCCGUUUAUGGCACGGUCUUCUUCGACGGCAUCCUCCAACUGGGUUUGAUACAUCAACCUGGAGUGAACGUACUUAAGGUACACACAAUGCAGUUGUUGCCCUGUACGUAUCCGUUGGGCACCAGCAACUUGUCUGAAUAGCCGCCGCCGGCACCGUGUACAAAAUGAAAAAAUAACUUCUUCUAUCGGCAGUAGACGGGACGUUAUCAUACAAACAUACUUUCAACAGGAUAUUAUUGUGACGACGUGCAGAGCUGACGGAUUCAUUUUUAACACCGAAAUCGCCUUGCUCGUCUGAUUUAUUGCUUCCUUCUCGUGGUCCCUAUUGAAAUGUAAACGAUGACGAUCACAGUCAUAGAACGGUUUGGAAAUUGCAGGCGUUGCUCUUGCCAGGUGAAGAAGAACGCUGGAGGUGGUCCAUGAUGUUGUGCCUAUUCGAACGAAAAAAAAAGGGUGCUCGAAUGCAAAACUUCGACUUGGAGCCCCUUGAUGUCCUGACACAUCGGCAUGCAAAACAGUAAGGCGUGCGACUCGUCAGUCAGCACGCUGCUAGAAGACAUGGAAAAGUACUCGCUUUCAUUAUCAUGUUCGUCACUGUAGUCAUUGCACUGCAGAACUCGCUGCGCGGCAGAUGCAACACAGACACGGGUCGUCCUUGUAAUCGAGCGUUCGUUCCGGUUCCCAUCGUUGACGUGGGGCCUGUCACGUUUGCGUAUCUCGAAAAGUACAUCGAAGAAAGUCAAGCCUUUUCUUGGCGCGGCCUAUUUGCAUCCAUUCAGCAGAACG